AAAUAAGAUAAAGGAAAACAAAAGAAACUUCUAUUUGCAGAAAAAAGGAAAAAAAACAAUUUCGGUACUUUAGAUCAAAAGUUGGAAUUACAUAUUAAAAAAUCAUGUAAAUAAGGCGCCGUAAAAGGCUCAUCAUCAUCAUCUAUAUAUCAUCUGCCAGGGGCUUUCUUUCUCUCUUAGUUCUAAGGGAAAAAUAAUCUUCUUCGUUCUCCCUCGUCUUUCGUUUGGAAAUUUGUUUAUCGAGCCACCUCUCAUUCUUUUCCCUAAUCAUCCUAGGUUUGAAUUUUGGGUUCAAUGAUUGUAGCGCUUGGCGAUUUUAUUACUAAUAUUUAAAGAAAAAAUAAAAAAGCGUUGGAAAUUUCAGUUACAACAAUUGAGAGAGGGGGAGAGAGAGAGACGGGAAUUGCAAAGAUUAAUGUGGUUUCCAUUGUUUUGAUGCGAUUUUGAGAACUUUCGGCUGCUGCAGUUGCUCAGCCCAGAUUCUCCAAUCCUUGCUUGGUGGCUAAUCUUUGCUACCGUGCACAGUUCCACCUUCAACAAUGCCUUCUCUUCAAUUGCUGCAGCUAACUGAGCAUGGCAAAAAUCUUCUGUCUUCUAAGAGGAAAGCACUACUGCUUGCUUCUGGUAUUGUGGUUGCUGGUGGAACUGCUGCUUAUGUACAUUCAAGGUUUAGCAAUAAAAAGGCUGAUUCAUAUAGUCAUUACAAUGGGAUCCGAGAAAACAAAGAAAAUCCUGAUGAGGUUCUCAAAAACAAUAAUAAUGUAAAGAGAAUCAAACAAAAGAAAGGUGGAUUGAAGUCCCUUCAGGUUUUAGCAGCAAUUCUUCUAUCUGAGAUGGGCAAAAUAGGUACAAGAGAUCUCUUGGCGUUGGUGGGCAUUGUGGUGCUGAGAGCUGCUUUGAGCAAUAGAUUAGCAAAAGUUCAGGGAUUUCUAUUCCGUGCUGCUUUUCUUCGGCGUGUACCAUCAUUUUUCUGGCUAAUAUCCGAAAAUAUUUUAUUGUGCUUUCUCCUGUCAACUAUUCAUUCUACUUCAAAAUACAUAACGGGUACCCUAAGUCUGAGGUUCAGAAAAAUACUGACGAAACUCAUCCAUGCACAUUACUUUGAGAACAUGGCAUAUUACAAAAUAUCGCAUGUUGAUGGACGGAUUAGGAAUCCUGAACAACGAAUCGCAAGUGAUUUACCAAGAUUCUGUUCAGAAUUGAGUGAACUUGUACAGGAUGAUUUGACAGCAGUUACUGAUGGUCUGCUUUAUACUUGGCGUCUUUGUUCUUAUGCUAGCCCAAAAUACAUACUCUGGAUUUUGGCCUAUGUUUUGGGAGCCGGAGCUGCCAUAAGAAACUUCUCUCCUGCUUUUGGGAAGCUAAUGUCAAAAGAACAGCAGUUGGAAGGAGAAUACAGACAACUUCAUUCAAGGCUAAGGACCCAUGCAGAGAGUAUAGCAUUUUAUGGUGGAGAAAGUAGAGAAGAAUCUCAUAUUCAACAGAAGUUUAAGACUCUUGUUAAGCACAUGAGGGUUGUACUUCAUGACCAUUGGUGGUUUGGCAUGAUUCAGGACUUCUUAUUGAAGUACCUUGGUGCUACUGUGGCUGUUGUUUUGAUUAUUGAGCCUUUCUUUGCUGGCCAUCUUAGGCCAGAUGCUUCAACAUUGGGACGUGCAGAGAUGUUGAGCAAUUUAAGAUAUCACACUAGUGUUGUAAUUUCACUCUUUCAGGCCUUGGGAACCCUUUCUAUAAGUUCAAGACGGCUGAAUCGUCUCAGUGGUUAUGCUGACCGUAUUCAUGAGUUGAUGCUCAUAUCAAGAGAGUUAAGUGCUGAUGAUAAAAAGUCAUCCCUGCAAAGACCUGGAAGUAGGAAUUACUUAACUGAAGCUAACUAUGUUGAGUUUUCUGGUGUCAAGGUUGUCACUCCAACCGGAAAUGUUUUGGUGAAGGAUCUCUCUCUAAGGGUUGAAUCGGGCUCUAAUCUUUUGAUUACAGGUCCAAAUGGCAGUGGAAAGAGUUCCCUUUUUCGUGUUUUAGGUGGUCUUUGGCCACUGGUAUCUGGCCAUAUUGUGAAACCUGGGGUUGGUUCUGAUCUUAAUAAAGAAAUAUUCUAUGUGCCACAAAGACCAUAUACAGCUGUUGGAACCCUUCGAGACCAGCUAAUUUACCCUCUUACUGCAGAUCAGGAGGUUGAACCUCUUACACAUAGUGGAAUGGUGGACCUGUUGAAAAAUGUUGACCUUGACUACCUAUUGGAUCGUUAUCCUCCUGAGAAAGAGGUCAACUGGGGUGAUGAACUCUCUCUUGGAGAGCAACAGAGAUUGGGGAUGGCUAGACUUUUCUACCAUAAGCCUAAAUUUGCAAUUCUUGAUGAGUGCACUAGUGCUGUGACAACUGAUAUGGAGGAGCGAUUUUGUGCUAAGGUUAGAGCAAUGGGUACGUCAUGCAUAACCAUAUCACAUCGUCCAGCACUAGUUGCAUUCCAUGAUGUGGUUUUGUCCUUGGAUGGGGAAGGAGGAUGGAAAGUUCAUUACAAAAGGGAGGAUUCUUCAGUGCAAAGUGAAGGUGGGAUUGUUUUAACCGCACUUUCUGAGACAGACCGCCAAAAUGAUGCAAUUGCAGUUCAACGGGCAUUCACUGCUGCUAAAAAGGACUCUGCAUUCUCAAGUCCAAAGACUCAAUCAUAUAUAUCAGAGGUUAUAGUAACAUCGCCCUCUGUGAAUCAUGGUGUUAAAUUGCCCAUUGUUCCUCAACUCCACAAGGUUCCAAGAGCACUGCCAUUGAGAGUAGCUGCCAUGUUUAAAGUAUUGGUGCCUACGCUAUUUGACAAACAAGGGGCUCAACUACUUGCAGUUGCUUUUCUUGUUGUCUCGAGAACAUGGAUAUCAGAUCGGAUUGCUUCAUUGAAUGGAACGACUGUGAAGCAUGUUUUGGAGCAGAAUAAGGCAGCCUUUAUCCGAUUAAUUGGUAUAAGUGUUCUUCAAAGUGGUGCAUCUUCUUUCAUUGCACCUUCCUUAAGGCACUUGACUGCUAGGCUGGCCCUUGGGUGGAGGAUUAGGUUGACCCAAAAUUUGCUAAAGAACUACUUAAGAAAUAAUGCAUUUUACCAGGUUUUUCACAUGUCAAGCAAAAAUAUUGAUGCAGAUCAAAGAAUCACUCAUGAUCUUGAAAAGUUAACAACUGAUUUAUCAGGACUGGUUACUGGAAUGGUAAAGCCAUCUGUUGACAUUUUGUGGUUCACCUGGAGAAUGAAGCUCUUAACUGGGAGAAGGGGUGUUUCCAUUUUGUAUGCAUAUAUGUUUCUUGGUCUAGGUUUUCUAAGGACUGUUACUCCUGAUUUUGGUGAUUUGACAAGUCGAGAACAACAGCUUGAGGGAACCUUCAGGUUCAUGCAUGAAAGACUGCGCACUCAUGCUGAAUCUGUUGCAUUCUUUGGAGGCGGUGCUCGAGAAAAAGCUAUGGUUGACUCAAGAUUUAGGGAGCUUCUUGAUCACUCUUUGCUUCUUUUGAAGAAGAAAUGGCUGUUUGGUAUACUUGAUGAUUUUGUCACAAAGCAGCUUCCGCAUAAUGUUACUUGGGGUUUGAGCUUAUUAUAUGCCUUGGAACACAAGGGGGAUCGAGCCUUAGUUUCUACCCAAGGUGAGUUGGCACAUGCACUGAGGUUCCUGGCAUCUGUUGUGUCUCAAAGCUUUUUAGCCUUUGGUGACAUCCUAGAACUGCAUAGAAAGUUUCUGGAGCUGUCUGGGAGUAUCAACCGAAUUUUUGAGCUUGAAGAGCUUCUUGAUGCUGCUCAGUCUGGGGAUUUGAGCACUGAUAACUUAUCUCGGUCUCAGAGGACUGCUCUCUCUGCUGAAGAUGUUAUUUCUUUUGCCGAGGUAGAUAUAAUUACUCCAGCACAGAAGCUGUUGGCUACACAGUUGACAUGUGAUGUAGUACCAGGAAAAAGCCUGCUAGUUACUGGCCCCAAUGGGAGCGGAAAAAGUUCUGUUUUCAGAGUACUUCGAGGUCUGUGGCCCAUCGUGAGUGGAAGGCUUUAUAAACCAUCCCACCAUUUUGAUGAAGAGACAGCUUCUGGUGGCAUCUUCUAUGUUCCUCAGCGACCAUAUACAUGCUUGGGAACUUUGAGGGAUCAAAUCAUAUAUCCUCUCUCCUGUGAGGAAGCAGAGCUGAGAGAAUUUAAGUUGUAUGGACAAGGUAAAAAACCAGUGGACAGUGCCAGCGUUCUUGAUGCACGUUUGAAAACCAUUCUUGAAAAUGUUCGAUUGAAUUAUCUUUUAGAACGGGAGGAAGGUGGUUGGGAUGCUAAUCUCAAUUGGGAAGACAUCUUAUCGCUCGGAGAACAGCAGAGAUUAGGCAUGGCAAGGUUGUUCUUCCACACGCCUAAAUUUGGUAUCCUUGACGAGUGUACAAAUGCCACGAGUGUCGAUGUUGAGGAGCAACUUUAUAGACUGGCAAAAGAUUUGGGUAUUACUGUUAUUACCUCAUCACAGCGACCAGCUCUAAUACCAUUCCAUGCUUUGGAGUUACGACUUGUUGAUGGCGAGGGUAAGUGGGAGCUUCGUUCAAUCAAGCAAUGAUGGUGCAAUGACAAAGCUCUUUGUUUGUGCUCCGUAUGGUGCGGGGGACAUUAUCAGUUGACAUGUAGUUAUAGGCAGGAUAAAUUUGUUAUCAUGCUGCGAACAAUGGGUAAGCCAAAGGUAAUGGUAGGUGGUAGUGAUAAUUCUGAUUUCCUUGAUGGUAUUGGAAUACCACAGGCUUUGCGGUAUUGGCUGGAUUCAGAAAGGGGAAUCAAAUUAGAACAGAUUAUUUUUAGUCAAGAAUUAGUAAAAGAGAACAAUCAAAGUAAAAUCUUAAUUUUAUAAUCUAUGUGAGCAUAAAGAAAGAUUAUGUACAGGUUUUUCGUUCCCUCCCCCAUUUUUUACCCUUCCUCUUAUGGGAUUCAUGUUGUAAGAAUUGACGCCUUAAUCAUUCUUGCCUAAAGAAUAAAAUACAAGGGAAUAGAUUAUUAUUAUUAUUAUUUUUUUAUCCCUUGUAUGCCUGUUAUCUUUAUUUGAUACGCGAACGGAGUUAAAAA